GCCCCGGUGUUUGCGUUUUCCGUUGUUGGUGAUAUUAGCUGUGAAUUUGUUCGCACGUUGAGGACACCUUUCCCUUCAAACGAAAAUAUUUCGAGUAUCCUGAACUCGAAAUCCGGUGUCUAAGGGCCAUGGAAAACCCGGAAGAGGUGUUGCAAGCGUUAGAUGAAUUUCAAAAGUUACGGCCUGCGGAUAUCCCAAAAGAACUCGAAGAGUAUUUGUCUUGGGUAGCAAAAACAGGAGACCCUGUUUACCAGUGGCCUCUCAUCAAAGCUCUCUUCAGAGAGAAGCUUCUCCGAGUAAUGACAGAGUUUUACGAAAGUUGCCCUACUUUGGAGCUGGCACCAUGUCCAAACGUCGAGCAAUUUAACUACGAUAUCAUGAAAAGUGCCCUCUUAGAUCGCCUCGAAUCUUUUGCCAAUGCUCCUUUCACAGUCCAAAGAAUCUGUGAACUCCUGACUGCUCCACGUAAGGAGUACAACAGAGUUGACAAGUUCAUGAGGGCGAUAGAAAAAAACAUAUUGGUGGUGUCCACGAGGGAACCUGGUCCAACAGCGAGAAGAAGCGAGAAUGGGGACGGUAUGGUAAAUGGAUCUUCCGAGGACAAUGGAAGCAGAUCGCCUUAUGACAUGGACUUGUGGGCCCGAGCGUGCACUUUGGCCACGACGGUUACUGUGCAAACUGUAGAAACGCAUUCAACAAUAGUCAACAUUCACCAUCUGCCAUCCAACAUUAUACCGGCGACUGAGCUAACCAUUGUGAAAAAUUCUCCUUCCAUCGAAGCGUUCCCACCGUACGGAACUGAACCAGACCUAUGCGAUGCAGAGAUGGCCACGAAAAAUCAGGAUUUGCCAUCCACUUUCACUCCGUCAACUUCGGAAAUUGCCAGCAUAGCUAAUCUCACGUCGCAAAUUCAACCCCAGGACCUCAAUCCUACUUCUGGGAUUCAGAACUUGUCUAAUAUGGUCCCGGAACCCGCUAAUAUAGUCGGUGAUGUACCAGAAGCGAUUAUGAACGAAGAUACCAACUCACAGCCAAGCUUAGACCUGGAAAACAACGACAACGAACCUUUUGAUUCUACCAGAAAAUUGCAGACCACAUUCCAAUCCAGCGACUUCAUCACUCACGGUAUCAAGUCACAGAAAUUUUAUUCUGACGAUUCGAAACCUUUGGAAAAAACUAUCGUCGAAGCAGAAUUUUUGAGAACUGAUCUUGGUCCAUUAAUAGAACUUGACCAGAAAGUCACGGUAGAUAAUACAGAUGCAACUGCAAUCAAUGCAGAAUCCAAGACUCUAGCCGAAAAUGGGGAGUUGACUACACCAGCAACAAUAAUCACUGCCAAUUCAAUUGAAAUGACUGAAAAUGUUGUUAAGAUGGUCGUUGCAGAACCAAGCAUACAAAACGCUGCAUCGAUUGUUGAAAACAGCCAAACUAUUGACAGAAAUAUAAGCAACGAGGCUACAUGUGUAAACCCUGAUACUGAAAAUACAACGUUGCUUAAAAAUGGAACUGAAAGUGCUUUACUAGAUUUAAAUACCGAAAAGGAUGACCUCAGUUGCGUCAAAGUUGAUUCAAGCAAAAAGGAGACACAAAUUGCAGAAGCUGCGUUAAUAUCGGUGGCAGCAGAGCCUAUAGUUUCUCAUAUGGUCAAUUCCAGUCAAAAUGCCGCCAAGAACAUCAUGGUAUCUGAGGAGACAGGAUCUGUGACAGAUUCCAAGAAUUUGAAUACAUCGGCAGGAGAGUCUGAUGAGAUGAAAGUAGCACCUCAACCUGAGGACAGCGAGAAUAAAGAACUCAACAAAAUUAGUGAAAGUAUAGAAUGUAUGGAAGAGGAUAACAAGGUAUCUGAACAUCCGGAACAGUCGUCAACAACGAUCGAAGAAAUUAGCUGUGACACUGUAGAAAACGUAACAAAAUCAAUCGUUCCCGAUCCACUACCAAUUAUUGAAGAACCCAAGGACGAGGAACCUGCUCCAAAGUCCGAGGCAAAAUUACUGAUUGUGGAUGCGACUGAGGAAAAACAAAAUAAAUCGCUUCCACCACUUAGAGAAAGUGAAGAAGUUAUAGGCGAUACCGAUAAAAUAUCAGAACCUACCAAGCCAGAUCUAAAAAUCGCUGAUGUAGAAUCUAACGAACCAUUUUCGAUAGAAGACUCGUCGAUAGUGAAAAGUUCUGAAUCGUCUAAAGAUUUAUCUUCAGCCGAAUCGAUGGAAAUCGAUAGCACUGAAGGCAGCCAAACCUGUCAUCAAGACGAACCCAUGGAAGAAGGAGUCAGUGAUAUAGACAAAAGUUAAUAAGAAUUUCAGCAAAACCUUUGAAUUCUUUUGUAGGAUUACUGUGAUUUUGUUGGAAAAAAAGGGAAUAAACGUGUCACCAUUCAAUUUCGCGAAAA